AUGGACAGCUCACAAGGCUCGCCGCCCACGCAAGGCGAUAUCGAGAAUGGAAACCAGACCCCAAUUGGGGCUUUACACAUGCCACUCCGCAUGCUGGAAGCCAGGCUUCUACAUCAUUAUCUAACGUCGACAUCUCAUACCCUAUGGCAAGACGGCCUUUCUGCGUAUCAUCUUUCAAUGACCAUCCCUCAGAUGGCUACAUCCUUUCCUUAUCUGCUGGAUAGCAUUCUCGCAUUGACCGCACUGCAUCUAGCUACCACCGAGACUGAAAAUCGAUUGUCAUGGCUCGACGCUGCUGUAAAGUAUCACAGCCAGGCUUGCUCAGGACUCGGUCAAAUCCUUCCAGAUAUCCCAUCACAACAUUACGAGCCCGCCUUUGUAUCUUCAGUGUUUAUCAUGCUUUUUUCCUCCGGGUUUACUGGCAUUUCAUCGCAUAUGAGCCACACAAUAGACCCGCUUGCAAUGGUUCUUGAAUUACGAACGCUCAUUGCCGGUGCUGCGAUGCUGUUUUUGCACUUCAAUGAAAUGGGUUGCAAUGCAGAGCUCUCUGGCUGGCUCUGUAGUCCUGAUACUGAAGAGAGUCUGGAAGGUAGAGUGCAGCAUUGGGGCAUCAUUGAAUCAUUGGAGCGAAUGCAAUCGAUCGUCGAUGAGAUGAAGACUUCAGAAAAAGAACUUUACAGAUUUAAUUGGCAGCUUCUGCACCAAGCCGUUCAGCCAUGGCCAAAGAUAGGUCCGCAUGGUGGCCCGAUUGCUUGGCCCUUUUUUGUCUCCGAUGAUUUCAUUUCGCGCCUGCAGAAUGGUGACUGGGUCAGCCGUAUCCUGUUCCUCCACUAUAGCCUGUCGAUGCGACUUUUGUGUCAUCGCUGGUAUGUUCGCGACUGGGGGCGCAGGUUGGUUAUUGCCACCCUAGAUUCACUAGAAGAGGUUCCAGACGAAUGGAGAGAGAUAAUCUCGUGGGUCAAGGAGGCGGCCGAAAUUCACGAUUGA